AUGUCAAUUGGCGACAAAGAAUCCCCAGGCGCCCACGAUGCUGCCAUUGGCCUCAACGAAGACCAUGUUGACGAGAAAAGAGGAAACGCGGCCGAUCGCGCCGACAUGUACCGUAUGGGCAAGGUCCAAGAAAUGAGGAGAAACUUUCGCUUCUUGUCCAUCUUUGGCUUUUCCAUGAUUCUGAUGGCGUCGUGGGAGUUUUCUCUGAGUGUUUCUACCAUCGGACUUGUCAACGGUGGCACCGCUGGAUUGAUCUGGAUGUUCUUCGUCUGCUGGGUAGGCUUCCUGCUGGUGAACACGUCCAUGGCCGAGAUGGCUUCAAUGGCCCCAACGACCGGAGGACAGUAUCAUUGGAUCUCAGAAUUCGCGCCGCCCCAACACCAAAAGUUCAUUAGCUAUCUCAUGGGAUGGAUGUGUGUGCUCGGCUGGCAGACUUCGUGUGCCUCUUCGUCCUUCAUCGCUGGCACCCAGAUCCAAGGCCUUGUCGUCCUGAACUACCUGAACUACGUCCCCGAGCCCUGGCACGGCACCCUCCUCACCAUUGCUGUUGCUGCCUUCUCGGUCCUCUUCAAUACUUUCCUGGCCAGGAAGCUACCCUUGAUCGAGGCCCUGGUCCUCAUCAUUCACAUCUUUGCCUUCUUUGGCAUCCUUGUCACUCUCUGGGUCCUUUCCCCGACAGCCGAUGCCAAAGCUGUAUUCACUGAGUUCACUGAUGGCGGAGGCUGGGGCAGCCUGGGAGGAUCGACCCUCGUUGGUAUUCUUGCGGGCAUUCUGCCACUGCUGGGCGCAGAUGCUGCCGUCCACAUGUCUGAAGAGCUGCGCGAUGCCAGUCGCACACUGCCGCGUUCCAUGAUCAUGACCACAGUCUUCAAUGGAGCUUUCGGAUGGAUCAUGGUCAUCACCUAUUGCUUUUGCAUUGGCAACCUCGAGGAGGUCAUCAUGUCACCGACCGGCUAUCCCUUCAUGCAGGUCUUCUACAACUCGACCAAGUCGGCGAGCAGUGCUACCGCCAUGUCAUCCUUCAUCGUUGCCAUGACCGGCUUCUCCAACCUGACCAUGGUGGCCACGUCGUCACGCCAGCUCUUCGCAUUCGCACGAGACCAUGCUGUUCCAUUCAGCCCCUGGUUCUCCAAGGUCCAACCAGGAUGGGACGUGCCUCUCAAUGCCAUCCUGACGACCUUCCUCAUCUCGAGUCUUCUUUCCCUCAUCAACAUCGGCUCAGCUGUCGCACUGAACUCAAUCACAUCCUUGGCGACAACAUCACUUCUCUCCAGCUACAUCGUCUCCAUUGGCUGCAUGAUCUGGCGACGAUGGACCAACAACCCCCUUCUCCGCGGAAAGUUCUCCCUCGGUCAAUGGGGUCUGGCCAUCAACAUCGCCUCUGAGGCCUUCCUGGUAGUUAUUUUUGUCUUGGCCUUCAUGCCUGGCAACCCUAACCCAACGCCUGCAGAGAUGAACUGGAACAUCCUGAUUUACGGCGCUGUUGUUGUUUUCUCUUUGAUCUACUACUUCUUCCGUGGAACCGAACGUUAUGAGGGUCCGGUUGCUUACGUGAGAAAACUUCAGUAA